AUGGCCAACCUGCACCAGGCGUGUAGGCAAACAGCUAAGAAACUGAAGGUGCCCUGUCCAGCACUCACCCCUCGGCCAAAUGCUCCCAACUGGACAGACGCUUCCUCCCCCGGACCACCCAGACGCUGCUCGUAUUUCCUGAUGAUAGACAACUUAACCAAGUCAAGGAAGAGCCGGAACUCGGCACGAGUCCCCAUGCACGGUUUUACCAUGCUGGACAUGGACUGGAUGGAAGAGAAGGGGUGGGGCCACAUGCCCUUGUGGAACCCUAGCUCAGUCCAGUCAGUGGCAUUGGCAUUGGCAUGGCUCCCACACCUCUCACUCACCUCUGUGCUGUGGGAGAGGACAUACAGAACAAGUGCGCCGCCGAAACCUCAACAGGUUCCUUGCGGCUUAUCUGACCGAGCUGGAGGAGGACAUGUCUGCGGCAAUGCUGGAGGGAAAGCCAACAAAGGAGAUACUGUAUGGACGGAGAUUUGGACUGUGACCGACCUCAUCCUCCGGGUUUCCAGAUGCUCGGCCCAAUCGGCGGGCAAAACCCUCAGACUUACAGUGGUGGGUGCAAAAGCAGCCCACGACGGCACUGAAAUGUUACCAGGAUUUAUUUUCCGGAAUUCUUUGUGCAUAAGUUUUACGCUCCUCUGCUUAUCCCAGACGGCACUUUCCAAACGCGUUUUCAAAUGUCCUUCUGGCUGCACCUGCUCCAAAGAUUCAAUUAUUUGCGUGGCUUCAUCGGUCAUCCCCCGCACGAUUCCUAAUGAUAUUAAUUCUCUGAGCAUUGUAAAUGGCAGCUUUCCAGAAAUCAAGGAGGGGAUGUUUGCUCUGAUGCCUUCACUGCAGUUACUGCUGCUGAAUUCCAACGCACUCUCAUCCAUUAAAGAUGAUGCCUUCACUGGGCUUCCGCAUCUGGAGUAUUUAUUUAUUGAAGGCAACAAAAUUGAGACAAUAAACAAAUAUGCGCUUAGAGGUCUUCGUGAUGUUACCCACCUGUCACUUGCCAACAACAACUUGAAAACACUCCCCAAGGACCUGCUCCUGGGUCUAGAUUCUCUGAUAGAGUUGGACUUGCGUGGUAAUGUGUUUGAGUGUGACUGUCAGGCAAAGUGGCUGAUAGACUGGUUGAAGCAAUCCAAUGCCACAGUCUCCGAUGUGUAUUGCGCUGGGCCAGGGGAUCGCAAGGGCAUACGCCUGAAGGAUGUCCCUGAUCAGCAAAAGGAAUGUCUCUCCACAGACUUUGUCCUUCACCAAACCCUGGCAACACCAUCCAUGUCGGCUGACAUCUUCUCUUAUAAAGAAGACAUCUAUGUGGCCAUGGCUGUACCAAAUUCAGACAGUUGUGUGGUUAUGGAGUGGGAUCACAUUGAAAUUCAAUUCAGACCUUUCGACACCAUUACAGGGCGAUCUAUCGUUGGAUGCAGAUCUGUUGUGAUUGAUGACCAGGCUUUUGUCAUUGUCACUCAGCUCUUUGAUGGCUCCCAUAUCCACAAAUUUGAACCACAGCAGAAUAAGUUCACAAAAUUUCAAGUUGUUGAAGCAGGCAACAUUUCUAAGCCUAAUGAUCUUGAAGUCUUUCAGAUCGGUGAUGAGUGGUUCUUUUUAGUUGUGGAUAGUUCUAAAGCUGGGUUAUCCACACUGUACAAAUGGAAUGACACAGGAUUCUACCCAUACCAGUAUCUUCACGAGUGGUUUCGUGACACAGAUGCAGAAUUUGUUGACAUAGACGGUAAGGCGCACCUCAUUCUGGCAAGCCGAUCGCAAGUUCCAGUUAUCUACCAAUGGAAUAAAGCUACCCAAAAAUUUGCUUUACUCACUGACAUCCCUAAUAUGGAUGAUAUUGUUACAGUUAAAUCGUUUCAUGUGAAUGGGGAUUUGUAUUUGGCCAUGGCAUGUUACAUUGGUGACUCCAAAGUACUGCACUGGACUGGCAAACAGUUUGUAGAAGUCCAGGCAUUCCCAUCUCGAGGUGCCAUGGUCUUGCAGCCUUUCAAGUUUAAGGACCAGCAAUUCCUUGUUUUGGGAAGCGACUAUUCUUUCUCGUUAGUGUACCGAUGGGAUGCAAAGGACAAAGGGUUCAUCAAGUUCCGGGAAGUUUAUGUGCAAUGGCCACGCUCUUUUACGGCUCUGUCAACAGACCAAAGGGAUUUUCUGUUGGCUACAAGUUUCAAAGGCAAAACCAAAGUAUUUGAGCAUAUCCCAGUCGAUAAUAGCUUGUAAGUCCAAAGAUGCCCCCCUAACAAUUCAAGCUGACAUGCCACUGUAUGCCUCAAAAUAUUGUCAUGAAUCAAUACACAUGUUAAACUCUCUUUGCCUGAUACAAUGAUUUUGAAUGUCUUUUUAGGGUGAUGUAUAACUCUUUAAACCUGAAAUGUUUCCAGGUCCACCGCAGUGGGUGGGAUAGAGUGAAAAACCUUGAGCUUCACCUUGACCUUAAUUUUAUUUUUAUACUGCUUUGUUAAAAGUCUUCAGGUGUGAAGAUCUGGGAAAUGGUUUAAGUGCCCAAAAGCAGACAGGAAAGCAACAUGAAAUGAACAAGUGAGAUGAUUGCUAUGGGCAUAACUUUGGCGCAUAGCGUUAAUUCUGUAAAUGUAGGGUUUUUCUGUAUUUUUUUCAGUUUAUCUCAGAAACAUAAUGAACGCCAAUGCUCAUGCUGAUAUAGAUAUCUAUAACUUGAAACAUAAGGGGGGUAAGACCAGCUAUACAAGAUUUUCUGGGAUUAUAGGAGCUUCCAAACCGUUUCUGAGCAUGCAUGAAUGCUAUACAAUAUAUUAAUAAUGAAAUGUCAAGAUAUCAUGCCACUUGUAGUACACAUGAAAUCUCAAAAUAAUAGCUCAAGUCUCAUCAGUGAAUGAGCGUUACCUCCAAAUGCUUAACCCAAUGACGGGCUACAUGUUCUAUUUACUUUACACAUUCCAGUUGAUUCAGUUAAUAUGGAAGAGACAGACAUGAUUGACGAGACAGACAUAGAAAGCUCCAUAAACUGUUUUUACUGUGUGCUAUUUUCUUUAAUGACUUGUCUUUGCUUCACAUUGACAUGUAAUUAUUGUGCUAAAAUCUCAGGAAAAGCAAAACAGAAACAGUUUAAUCUUGUUAUUUUAACAUAUAUCCCCUUCAACACUGUAGCAAAUAUUAAUGCUGCUAUAAAGCUGGAGAUUAUGCCUUUUCAUGUUUUGAGGAAUGUUCGGAAUGUAGGCCUAUAGUUUACCACUAAUCCAAAGCUUGGUACUUUAAUUUUAGAGUUAAUGCCUUCCCUUAUAAACUGCUAUGCAUACUGAUAGCCGUCCACGUGUGUGAGGAUAAGGAAUAAAGAUACAUUUGUCUAUGCAUACCAUAUGCAGAUGUAGAGGCAACCCAUAUGUAUCCAGUUCACA